GCCCCAGCCCGGGCAGGUCUCCAUCYCGCCGCAACCAUGGCAGAGGGCUCCGACAAGGUGCCCAUCGCCCGAGUGGGGCCCGACGAUGUGGAGCUGUGCCUGCCCCCCGCGUAYGCGGCGGCCGCGACCCCCGCGCCGGGACGGCUGCUGAAGGCCGGGGCUGCGGUGCUGAUCGCCGGGGCCCUCCUGCUGCUGGCCGGGGCCAUCGGCGCCUUCUACUUCUGGAAAGCCACGGAGCGGCAGGUAUACAACGUGCACUAUACUAUGAGCAUUAAUGGAAAAGUACAAGAUGGAUCAAUGGAAAUAGAUGCUGGAAACAACUUAGAGACAUUCAAAACAGGAAGCGGGAGUGAAGAGGCCAUUGAAGUCCAUGAUUUUCAGAUUGGUAUAACUGGGAUCCGUUUUGCUGAAGGAGAAAAGUGUUACAUCAAAGCUCAGCCAAAAGCUCACGUCCCCGAAGUUGAUGUUAUGGCUAAAGCGAGCCUCUCAUCUGAGCUGGAAGAUGAAAUCAUGCCUGUGAGAUUUGACAAAAACUCCCUUAUCUGGGUGGCUGCAGAUGAGCCUAUCAAGCAUAACAGCUUCCUAAGCCCCAAAAUUUUAGAGCUUUGCAGGGAUCUUCCAAUUUUCUGGCUGCGACCAACAUAUCCCAAAGAUAACCAAAGGAGAGAUAUGAAAAGAAACAGGCGCCAAUCAGAAUCAAACUUUGAYGAGGAACACUUGGAAGCUGCUUCUGAAGAAGUAAACCUCCGGUCACACACUAUGCAGCUGACUCAGGAGCUUCAUCACCAGUCUAAUGAAACCAGGCCACUGGAACAAGAUACUGAYCAAACACUUAAUCCAGACAACCCAUAUCAUCAGCUGGAAGGUGAAGGGAUGGCUUUUGACCCCAUGCUGGAUCACCUGGGUGUGUGCUGCAUCGAGUGCCGGCGAAGUUACACCCAGUGCCAGCGGAUCUGCGAGCCCCUCAUGGGCUACCACCCCUGGCCUUACAACUACCAGGGCUGCCGCACCGCCUGCCGAAUCAUCAUGCCCUGCAGCUGGUGGGUUGCUCGUAUCAUGGGCGUUGUGUGAGAAAAUCCCUUGACAAAAAAACAACACAAAACAAAACAAACAAACAAACAAAAAAAAAAUAAAAAAAAAAAUGGAGCCUUAACAAAAUAAGCAGGAAUACAAUGACAAUGAACUGGUAAAAGACUAAAAAAACCAAAGCAAGCAGUACUAAUCCUGCCUUAUGAAAUCAGAGGGUUUUUACUGCACCAAAAACAAGGUCAGCUAUUCCAACUGCAAAUUAAAAUCUCGAGUUAAUAUUCCAUUAGCUUUACAAGUGACAAGGGCAUAUUAGCAACUUGCUGAAUUAAAAAAMCUGAGACAUCCCAAAAAAAGCCAAUGUUAAACUUUGCUUACAAACUGGUUUAGCAGUCCAGAAGCUUGCCCMUACAUCCAAAUUCAGCCUUUCAUAACAAACCCCUCUCUUUCGAAACUAUAUGUGAAAAUUUACAUCCAAUUAAGCAACUAGCUCAACUGGUACACUUGGGAGUGCCUUUAAUCCAYGUAGCUUACUUAAAUAAAUCACAAGUUAAGUUGCUCCCCGUUGCUAUUCAGAGUAGCCAGGUCAUUAUGAAUGGUUAUAAACCAAUUACAGCAUACCUUUCCCACAAAGCUGCUCCAGGGGACAUGGGAAAGCGCACAUUGUGCUAAAGCGGAAACAAACAGCAGGAAAAGGGRCUAUGGAGGGGAAUGUGCGUGGCUACUGAAUCAAAACCCUUCGCACAUCCCAACAUCAAAGAAGCCCCAGCAUCAAGAAUCCUGUAUCCAUGAUACCACUGUAGUGUCUACAAGUAUCUGCUAUCCAGCUACUACAGCAGAAGUAUUUACAUGCAGUUGCAGACCAAUCUCAUGAAUCUCAAGACCCUCCAGAAUCUACAACAGCCACUGUUAUUUAUAAAUCCUUGAACUAGACACUUUUGACACAAGAUUACAACCCCUCUUUAUUUAACAUGGAUAGCAGCCAUUCACACCAGUUCCUUUAGCUUUGCUGAAGCUAACAUCCCUUCCCCACAAGASAAAUAGUUUAACAGAAAGGAGGGGAAAAAAAGGCCUUUUUUUUCCUCUCCUWUCUCACCUCACUGUUUCUGCUUAGGAAAAUUCUGCAAUUAUUGGGAUUGAUCCCAUUACAUACUAAUCUCUAAGGAAGGUACUAAAUUGAAACACUCAAAGGGGGAACAACUUAGUAUUUCUAGCCUUGAAAAACGAAGAUAGUGGUAUUAUACUGCCUUUAUGCACACUAUGCAUCUUGAACCCUACCACUGAGUUAUGGAGGCAUCUACAUGGUCUUUAUUAACAAAAUGGUUCUAUUUUUCUUAAAGUUCGCUUUCUGGAGCAUGAAUUUUUGUGACUAAACAGCUCUUGAGAUGUUGCAGGCCCAGUAAUGUUAUUAACACUGCSUGACACACAGAAAAGAGGAAUUAAUUUGACAUAAUCGUGGCUUAAAGAAAAUAAAGACAACCUCAUGUGGAAUGCUAAACUGCAUAUCAAAAAAGCAGUGUUAAAUGAGAAUAAGAUGAGAACAGAAUUCAGUAUUUUGUCCUAUUGUAGCUUUUUAAUAUAAGCUUCACCUUCCCUUAAUCUGAAGGACAGACUUGCUUUGAAAUAUUUAAAUUAUAAACUUCUUACAGCGGGAUUUCAAGGCCUGUUAAAUUUGAGUUUCUGCUUUUUAAACUKAAAAUGACCUUGAUCAUUAUGUUGUUUUAGAAGUACGUCAUUCAUAUGCUUAGAAAAGUCAAGUUUUCCUUUUUUU